AUGGCGGAGUUCGAUCGUGAGUUCGGCAAGGACCCGCGCCAGUUCAAUGAGUCCGACACGCGGCGCGUCGCCGAGACGCGCGAGCUCAACGAGCAGACGGCCGUCGAGUGGACGCGGGACCAGCGCGAGUCGGACCUGAUCGUCGAGCGCGGCGCCGUCCGCUGCGGCAGGAAGGGCACGGUGGCCAUCUUCGAGUGCACGCCCGAGUACCGCGACGCGCUGAGUACCGUCGCCGACGGCGCGAAGCUCGCGGCGGCGAGCGAACCGCUCGCGGCCGUCGCGCGCCGCGAGUGCGCCGCGGGCGGGUGCUGCGUGCUCCGCCGCGCGCCGCUCGGCGGCGACGCGGGCGCGGCCUGGCGGACCCUCGCGUUCUGCGAGGCCCUGGGCCGGGGCCUCCCCCAGGUCGCCGGCGGGGACGCCCUGCCGAAGCGCGUCGCGCGGUCGGCGGCCCUCGGCAACGACGCGCCGAUUCCCGACGCGGCGAUCGACUACGUCGUCGUCGCCUGCGGCCGCCCGGGCAGCAAAAGGGUGAUUCAACGCGGCCGCCCGGCCAAGAGCGCGCGGGCCUUGUCGCUGGCGACCUGCGACGCGCUGCUACGCGGCGCGAGCCUCGAGGCCAAGGGCACGCUGCGGCGGCCCAUGACCUACGCGUGCGACCCCUGCGACGCGGCCUGGCGCGCGUCCGGCUCCGCGGCGCCGGCGGGCGCGGCGCCGUGCCUCGACCAGGACGACGACUUCCGCAAGACCCUGCGAUUCUCCGCGGCGCUGAAGGCGAACGUGGAGUGGUGCGACGACGCCGCGGGCGACGCCAUCGACGCGCUCGCGGAGCUCGAAGCGGCGGGCGACGCCGCGAAGUUCCCCUUCGACCUCAAGGAGGACGACGUGCUGGUCAUCGACGCGGCGCGCUGGCUCUUCUCCCUGGACCUCCCGGCGUCCAACGACGGCCUCGUCUGGUUCCGGGGGUCGUGGAUGCCGGGCGCCGCGCUCCGCGGCGACGACGGCGCGGCCGCGCCGUCGGAGCCCCUCAUCCUCAAGGCCUGGGUCGCGAAGCGGGCCGAGGCCGCGCCGGCGCCGGCGGCGACGGCGCCGCCCCUCCCGGCGACGAACGACGACGACGACGCGCGCUGGCUGGCGAACCUCGUCAAGGCGGAGAUGCAGAACUAAGCUUGAUCUUGCGCUCUAGGACAGGAAGUGGCGCUGGGCCGCCUGCGCGAGCGUCUUCUGCUCGCGGGGCGUGAAGGCGACGAGGUGGACGCGCUCGAGGCCCGGGUAGGCGCCGCGCGCGACGGCGGCGACGGCGAUCGCGAGGACCGCGGCGAGGGACCGCGCGCCGCGGAAGAUGCCCGCGCUCAGCAGCGAGAAGGCGACGGUCGUCGCGCCGACCUCGGCCGCGCGCGCCAUCGACGCCGCGUACGCGCCGGCGAGGAGCGCGUCGCCGCGCGCGAGCGCGGCUUCCUCGUCCUCGCCGUCCCCGCGCUCGAGCCAGCCGUAGUUCGGGCCGACGGCGUGGAUGCAGUGGUCCGCGGCGAGGUCGCCGCCGGCGGUGACGACCGCGUCGCCCGUCG